AUGCCACAUGCGUUCGAAUGGAGGGUGGCCUUCGCGCCAAUCAGGGCGCGUCGCCGCCAGGCGUGGAUGCAUCAGGCCAGCCUACGCGAUUACCGUGUGGCAGCAAUCUGGCAGGGCCCGGAGAGUGUGGCAGGGCAGGCACAGACAGAUGGCUGCUUCAUGGGCUUCAUGGCGGUGUGCAUUUCACGUCAAACCUUCCGCAGUAGACAGCUGAGAGAAUGUUGUUCUGACGUCCCUCCAAUUUCCCUUGGCCUCAUACUAUACCGUCCGUUGUCCCCAGCUCUGGCAGCCCUACCAAACAGCCCAGACCCUAUAAACAAGACCGAAGCAGCCCAGCGUCGCAAGCCAAAAGCUUGCUUCCCCCAGCCCAUGAGGUUAAACUAUCCUUUGCUUCUGGAAGCUGCUGCUUCCGGACCUGCGACGCCGCCAAGCCAGCUGCCCCAGGGGCAUUGCGGCUCUGGCGUUGCCCACCCCUACACCUCACCCCCCAACGACGACUCGCAUAUGCCAUGGCUUUGUUAUCGCCAGAACUGCCUUAUCAGCAUGCAGGCAGGCAUGUGCAUCUCAUCGACUCGGGGCGGUGAGGGUGGGUGA